AUUAUUGGCAUGUUCUAUGAGGAGCGAAAUACAGAGGUUCGAAAGUUUUUUGUACGAAACAACAUGGAAACAAAAUGGCGGAUGAAAACAACUUUCCGUCAUUUUUAAGAUAAACACUAAAAAUGGUUCAUCAGUGACCCUAUAACUUUCAUAUCGACACACUUGCACCAUGCCAGCCUUCAUUGCCCCUAUAGAGCAUACUCGGGCUGCUUUUCUGAAGCACCCAGAUGGACUUAGGUUUGGCAAUUUUGAAGGGAUAGUACACUUACCACCUGUGCCAGUAGAUAGAAAGUUGGUUUCACAAAGUUACUCCACUCUCAACAAUCAACAGAUAUAUAAGACAGUAUGUGAGUGGUAUGAUGGCUGGAGACCAUGGCAACAGAAAGUGUUACUGUGUGGUAUUGUGGACAGAUGUUCUGUGCGGCAAGUGGAUAUACUGGCUACAACACUAGAACCAAUACGUCACAGAGAUUAUACUGUGGCAGUUAAACACCAAUACCCAACCACACCUCUGAAAAAUAUACAAGACAAACAAGGAAGGAAGAAAAAGAAGAAAAAGACGAAGAAAAAAACUGUUCGAAAAGAUGAGAGUGAGUAUCAGAGAACAUUAAAUGUAGAUGGAACCUUGGCUGGUGCUGUAACACCGGAAUCUGUAAUUGAUACAAACCGAGAAGUCCUUGCUUCACAUGAUCAGGAAACAUUCAAGGAAAGGCUGGAUGAAAGUCGAACACAUAAGAAACAACUUUCUAUGAUACCGCAAGAGAAAACUAAAGAGUUUACAAAUAUUGAAGAUAAAUUUGACAAUGUUGAAUCCUAUGCUGAUUCUGUUGCUAAGAGAAUUAUUGAUGAGUCUAUUCCACAGACAGUACAGGUGUUUGAACCAUCGGAACUCUAUGCUCAGGACCUUGCUAGUAGUAUAAUGCAGCAAGCCAUGGAACAUGUUGGUAAUAUCAUGGAUGAGAAAGAGAAAUCUAUUAAAAAGCAGACAGAGAAAACAAGAUUGCCGGAAGCUAAACCAAACGAAAAACCAAAGGAAGAUGUUAAAGUUAUUGCAAAAGUGGAACCACCAAAAAUUCAGACACAUAAAGGCAACUACACUGAAACCACGGCAACAGAAGUAGAAGAAAAACAGAUUGAUUUGUCUGUUCUAAAUAAAUACAGGAAGUAUAAACCACCAAAAGAGGGUGAUAAAUCAAACAGAUUUUACAAGAUGGAAGGAAGACCCAAAUCUCUUGUACGCCUCCUUAUCCCAGAUUCCAAUGACAACACUGUAAGAGACAGUAAACGUGUGACAAGUCCUCGUUCAGUGGUAUCUCGUAGUUUCUCCGCAGUCACUCACAGUACACUCAGUGACCUUAGGUACCAUCUGUUUGGUGCCCGGUCUCUCAAAACUCCGGACUACUUCAGGAAAGAUGGUGUCUCUAGUUUGCAAGGUGGUUUGCAGCAUUUACGUUCAGGAAUAGUAAGGAGACCAAUUGGUAUGCAUAGUUUGCCUGUACCUAUCUCAAAAAUGUACAAAAGUGUAAAAUGGUGGACAGAAUUGCCAGGUGAUGGUAAAUCCCUGGUACCAGCACAGAAAGAUGAACUUGGGGCCUACUUCAAGGAUCAAUUGCAUCAAGUCUGGAGUUGGAUGGAACUAUGGGAAGACUAUGAAAAGAUUGCUUUAUUAAAAGAAUUGAUAAAGUUAUGUUGUCCAGAAGAUCUGAACUUUCUUUGUGGUCAUCUUGAACAAAAACUGAGAAAUGCAAGAGAUAUUGGCAGAAUGUCGGACAAACUUUUGCUCUACAUUUUCUCCUUCAUACCAGCUGAUGAACUUUCUAAAGUCAAGAGGGUAUCUAGAAGAUGGAGAUACCUAUGUGCCACUGAUGACCUAUGGAUGGUAAAAUGCCAUGAGUUAGGUUUGGCUGAAGGUAUCAAGAAUCUAGAACAAAUGAUUGUUAAAGCUAAGGGUUAUAGAAUGGUUAUAGACUGGAAAAUGGCAUAUGAUGAAAUUAAGAGAAUUACAUACAACAUGAAAAUGGGCAUGAAAAAGAAGAAAGUGAAACCAGUCCAAAAAGGACGUACAGUUGAAUUCAAGGAACAGCUGGAACUGUUGAAGAGAAAAGAUGAUGAUGAGGAGGAUAAACAACAGAAAACUGUUGUUGAUAAGAAGCCAGAACUGCCCGUAACUUUUGAGAUUCCAAAAUUUGAAAAACCAAGACAAGUAGCGUCUGAGAGUUCAUCAAACAGUCUGUUUUCUGAGUACGAUCUAGACACUUACGAUCGUCCUAGAUUUCAGUUUAGAAAUCGUAUCGAAGCCUCACAAGAGGUCCCACGAGGGUCUCUUAAUAGGGACGAGCUUCAUGAUAUGAUUAAGAAAAUGUUAUUUGAGCCAGAAGAGAAAGAGAAACAGCGAGAAGCUGCUAGGGGGACACCUGUCAUAGUUGAGUUAGAGGUACAUCGAGGCACUAUCUCGGCAAUACGACGUCAAGAGAGAGGGGAGGAUGAUGAUGCUCACAGCGUGUUGUCCGAGGACCUCCGUGAGUUUGAUGAUGAAUAUAAACUUAAAUGGGAGAAAAAGCCAGAGAAAAGACCAGGAUAUUUCAGUCAGGAACCUAUACGUGCUGUAUCUACAGAGGGAGGGGUUGAGAUUUUAUCUAAGUCUGAGGACAGAUUUGAUAGAAUUAAGAGAAUGCAGGCAGGCAUGACUCCUAGAGCAGGUCCAUCAAUAUUAAGAAGAAGAAAAGAGAUGGUAGAUGAUGCUGGUAUGGACGAUGCUGCCUAUGAUAUAAGACCUGAUCUCUUUCCUGCUGAAGAUAUCAUGGGUAAAGCAAAGCCACAUAUGAGUCUAGAAUGGCAAAUGGAUCAAACACCAAGAGAUGAUGAGGAUGAAGAAGAAGAAGCUAGAUCUAGAAGAAGGAAACAAGCAGUUUUUGUUGGAGAAGUAAGAAGUGUUCUCAGGGCUAGAAAACUACAGGGUCACAUGAGUGGUAUAACAUGUAUACAAUUUGACCAGCGUAGACUGAUCUCUGCUGGUCUGGACAGAGUCAUCAGAAUGUGGGAUAUCAGAAGUGGACGCAGUCUGCACAAAUUCUUUGGACAUAAGGGAGGAAUACGAUGUUUAAACUUUGUUGGUAAUGAACUAGCUACAGGGUCCUGGGAUACUACAGUGAUGAUUUGGGAUUUACGUAAUUUAUGCAGACGAUACAUUCUAACUGAUCAUUCUGAUAGUGUUACAUGCCUGGCCAUGAACCAGGACUUCCUAAUAUCUGGUUCGGCAGAUUGUACGGUACGUGUGUGGAGACGAACAUCUUACCUAUGUUGUAAUGUUAUCAGAGGGCAUAAAAUGGCAGUUAAUAGUAUAGCUUUUGAUGGUACUCAUGUUGUCUCAGCUUCUAAAGAUAGAACUCUGCGACUGAGUAAUAUAGUAUCAGGAGAAUGUGUGCGGACAUUUAAUGGUGCUGAUGCUGAUAUUGUCACUGUAACUAUGAAGGGCAGUUUAAUCUUGAGUGGUGACAUGAAUGGUCAUGUUUAUUUCUGGAACAAAUUAUCAGGAGAAUGUGAGGCAGCAAUACAAGCACAUCCUGAGUCUGUUAACAGAAUUGUAUACAGGGAAGGCAGAUUCUAUACAGCUUCUGGUGAUGGAACAAUUAGGGAAUGGGACCUGGUUACAAUGACAAGUGUUAGACUUCUACAAGGGCACAAGGGGCCAGUCAAAGACCUUAAGGUUACUGGAGAUCGUAUGGUCAGCUGUAGUGAUGAUGGUAGUAUAAGAAUCUGGGACCUGUUUGACCCCAGGAAGAAAACAAGUGAGGAGGAACAGAUAAAACAGCUGCAUCAAGAAUGUCCAACACUUUGACCUUCUGUGCAGUGACCCUGACAUCUGACCUUGCCAGUUGAUAUAGGAAAAAUUCUCAUAUUUAUGCAUUUUAUAGGGAAAUGUUGAACUACACUUUCUGUGAUAAUAAAAUGUAUGCAAAGACCAGUGUGAUGUUGGUUGAUAGAGUUAUGUGAAGUUUGUUUUUUUCUGUGAUAUUUUGUCUUAAAAUGUUUUACAAUAGACAGCCAUGAUAUAUUCAUACUGUGAUAUAUUUUAUAUUAAUAUACAAUGGUUUAAUGAGAACAUUACAUUUGUUAGUAAUAAACAAAUAUUCUGAUAUGACAUUGUCAAAAUUUGAUGCAAUGAAACUUGACAAAUACCUGUUAAGAAAUAGAUUGUGAUUCAAAGGAAAACAAUUUGUUUGUAACAUUUCUGGAAACACUUGAUGCUAAAGAAUGUUAUCUUGAUUUCUUUAUUCCAUUUGAAAAUGAGUUAAAGACUUUUCGCAUCAAGCAUUAAUUAAAUAGUACUUUUAUACUAGCAUCACAUUAUGGUGUUUCUGUUUGCUGCUGAUGUUGUUAUUGCUGUUGUUGUUGUUGAUUUUUGUAUGGUUUUUAGUUCUAUGAACAUAAGAACACUUUUCAUACGCAUUUUACAUUUAUUUAAUCAAACUAGAUAAUCAAAAGCAGAGCUUUUUUUUCUGUGCAUAACAUAUAAAAGUGAGAAUCAUGUUUUGUUUUAAAUGGUGCAAGUAUUAAAUCAUGUAUUGUUUUUAUAACAAGUUGUAGUGAAGUUAAACUGUGUUUUGUUUUGAUAAAUUUGUUACUUUUUGUACACCAAUAAAACGUUACAUUAUAAAAUAAGAAUGAUUAUUUCAAAUACAAUUUAAAUUAUACUGUACAUCAUUUACCUGUAAAAGAUUAUUGACACAUUUUGUGAAAACAUUUUAUUUUUUUUUUUACAAUUAUUUUCAUUAAAUUAAGAUGUUGUACUUCUGAGCAUUUUUUUGUUAAGACUGCGUUUUGAUUACAGUGUUAAAUAUUAGGGGCGCCAGUGCCUUAUGCUUAGCCAACUUAGCUGUAAAUGUAUCUGCCUAUGUGAUGGAGGGAUUGUGGGCUUGAAUACUGCUGUGGAAAUAACAAAUUACAAGGUUCUUGAUAUGACAUUAGCAGUACUGCUUGGUUACAGGAAACAGACUAUACAUGUAGAAUGGUUCUAAUAAAGGUUUCAAGCUUUCUAUCCAAUUGAUAUUCGGGGUCAAUACUCUUCUGUGCCUGAAAUGGGGGAAGCACUCUUAUUAAGCUUAAAGCACAUAAUUGAUCAAAAAUAAAUAAUUUUGAAACUAAUAAAAACAAAGUACCAUCAGAGUGAAUAUGGCAUAUCUCAAGUACUAUUAAUUGUAUUUAAAAGUGUAUCAAUUGAAAAAAAAAGAAAUUGAAAAAAGAAAGAAGAAAAAAAGAACAAACUUGUUACUUUUAAGUAAACUCUUAAUUUAUUUUCGCUAAUUUAGAUAAAAUGUAACAUGUAAUAAUAAGAUAUACAAGGUAUUGUGUUUACCAGUAACUGAGAUUACAGCUGGUUUUAAUGUUUUGUUUAUAGGUUGAAAAGACAUGUAGAUUGAAGUUAAUGAGUUCAGUAGAGAUAUUAUCUAUGUAUUCGGGCAGUUGAUACUAUAUUUAACAAUGCGACAGAUCAUCUGUAAUAAAUUACGAGCGGUAUAUUAAAUGUACGUGGACAAAACCGUAUGAAAAGUUUAAGGAUGUUAAUAGGUCCGGAGGAUAUUUGAUUACCCAGAUAUACCCGAAUUGCGGGCAAUGUGAAAUAUUCGAUAUGACAGGCAGGGUGUGAUGCCCAAUAGAUAUAUUUAUACACAUUUUUGCUGAAUCAGCGUCAAUCAAAUGCUUGUUUAUUCUAAAUUCAAACCUCUGUUUACCCGGAUGGUGUCAUUAUUAGAUACUGCUUACUGGAAUUCCUUUACUUUUCUUAAGAAAUUUAAGAUGGAUACAAUAUGUAUUGAAUAUCUUUUAAAUGAACAGACUCUGAUAUUAUCAAAAUGUAAACACAUUAUUUAUUGAGGUAAACGUUACAGUGUAUUCUUUAUGUGUUUUUGAAAGUAUUGUUUUACAGGAAAACAAUGACGAUGAAAAUUGAAACCUGUAAUUUUAUAGAAAUAUAGCGUCAGGGCAUCUCGCUGCGAGCAUGUGGAAUGUUAUCUUGCACUCGCCACUAUUCAUCACCCAGCCACACAAUGGAUAUCAGUUUUUGCUUCUAUCAAUAUCAAGUGACAAUAGUUUAUUUUACUAUAGUACAAACAUAUGACAUGUGGGUUUAUAAGAUUAUCAAAUAAAAGGAAUACUUUUUGUGUACUCGUUUGUUUUCACCUCAUUUUGUGCUUGCCCUAAAUGGCAUAUCAGAUUGUUUUACAAUCAUUGUACUAUGUUGAACAAUUAUCCUGUAUAUCAGUAUCGUAGAACAGGGUGUUAGAAUGUUAUGUUUUUAUUUUGCUACAUCAUCAUGUCAUGGCUUCCCUCAAACAUUUCUGAGAUUGAAAUCUAUAAAAAAAAACUAGUUAAAGACAAUUACCAACAAACCUGAUAUUCAUAUGAUGUUCUGCUUGACAAAAAACAAAACAAAAGAAGCAUAGUUUGAUCAUUUUUUCUAGGGUUUUUGGUUGUUUGUUUUCUUUUCAAAUAUUUUAAUGAUACAUGUACAUUGAGAAUCAACAUUUUAUUGUAAUAUUCAAUGAAUGUUAAACCUCUGAUUAGAAAAUUUUCAAGUCUUUGCUGUUUUGAUCAUGACAUAAUUAAAAAAAAAAUUGACAUUUUAUUUAGAAAAGAAUUUGUUGUUUCAUUGUGCCCAUUCUACUAUUAACAAUUUACCGUUUUCUCCUAAAGCCAGUACAGGACAAGGUCAGAAUGCACAUUGAGGUAGUCUGACAACAUUCUAUACUGUUGCCUGCUUAACAUUUGAUAUUAAAAACCCCUUGUAAUUAAUAAUGGAAGAUUCCAAAGUUAAAGCAGGGCAAGUCCUUUUAACCAAUUAAGCAUGGUUAAGAUUUUAAUUACAGUUUUAAAGCUUUCACUGUGAUUCAGGGUGUUAACAAUAAUUUAUUGCAAUGUGCUUUUUUUCUAACAAGAUUUUUGUUGCAUUUAUUUUACAUGAUAUGAUGUAUUUACAUUGGGUACUCCGCUUUGAAAUAGGAAAAGUUUGAGGAUAUUUAUUUUAAAAACUCAUUUUGAUUUAAUUUUCAUUUUUGUUUGUUUAAUUAAUCAGUAUUUUUGUUUAUUUCUGAAUCUCAGGCUUUUGUUGUUGUUGUUUGUUUCUGGUAGUGUUGAAUCUUUGUAGUGUUGUAAUGAUAAUAAUAAUUUACACUUGUGUCUAUAUUAGGCUUAGAGGUACAUCUAUACACACUUUGUGUGAGUGUAGGACCAUAAAAUGAACUUAUGUGUUUUGUUAAAAUAUAGUUAGACUUUCACCAGAUUUGGUUUGAAGCUACAUUCAAAAUUUUCUCUCUCAAUUUUGACCUUAAUUUUCAGCAUCUUCUUAUAAAUGUCUUAAAUUAUGAGAGAAAAAAAAACACUUUUUCUGAACCAUGCAUGACCUACUUUUAACCCUUGACCUGCUGUAAGAGAACGUGAUUAGCCUUUGCUGCCAGUAUAGAACCAGGCCAGCCUGUACAUUCUGUAGAGAUCUGACCAGGUUUUAUACUGUUGGUAGCUCAGUUUUGAUAGUUUGGUAAUGAAACCCCUAUCAUUGCUAAUAGACUGUUCCAAAUUUAAAACUUGACGAAUCCAUUACAUAAAAUAGGCAGGUUAAGGGUUAAAUUAGUUUCUUUUGAACUUUGGUUGGUGCCUAAGUGCAUGUAAUAAGCAAUGGCCAUAUUUCAAGAAUAUUUGAAAACUGAUCUUGAAUUUAUAUUUAUAAAAUACAUGUAUUGUUAUUGGUGAAAAAGAAAAAGAAAUACACAUUUGUUUGGCUGGAACAAAGAUGUACAUUGAAUUAAAAUAGAAAAACAACAUUUGUUAUUGAAAAUAAAAAAAAUAUUUUUGUCAAAAAAUUAUUUUUGUCUUAAAAGUAAAUGUUUGAAAUUUUAUGACAUGCUUUAAAGAGUUAACCGUCUCAAAUUUUUGUUUUUGGUACAUUGAGGUAAUGUUUUAAAAACAUUUAUAUUGAAAAUUGCAAUAUAUUUAUUGGUUAAGAGCAAAAUGUCAAACAAUUAUUACUUUUGUUUAUACCAGGGAUGCUUGUUAUAUUAUAUUUUUCUAAUAUAAUCAUUAAAUCACAAAA